UCUUUCUUUCUUUCAGGGAUAUUUCUCUCCCCUUUACAUUUCCUCUUCUUCCUCAAAACCUCUCUCUCUUUCUCUCUCUCUUUUUUUUUGCGAAACCCUAACCUUUUGCUUAGUUAUAUGACUCUGACAAAGACCAAAUCUAAGUUAGUUCCUUUGAAUUUAAUGGGUUUUCAGAGAGAUAUGUUGUGUGUAGUGGGAGUUUUGUUGGUGAUUAGUGUGACUCUCGGCUCAGCUGGAGACAUAGUUCACCAAGACGACGUUACUCCCUCUAAGAAAGGAUGUGACAACAACUUUGUUCUGGUAAAAGUCCCAACUUUGAUUAAUGGUAUAGAAGAGAGGGAAUAUGUCGGUGUUGGUGCUCGAUUUGGCCCGACCUUGGAAUCAAAGGAAAAGCGUGCUAAUCAUACUAAAGUUGUUCUGGCUGACCCUCCUGAUUGUUGUAGCACACUCAAGAAUAAUCUUUCAGGGGAGGUUGUUCUGGUGCACCGAGGAAAUUGCAGCUUCACAAAGAAGGCUAACAUUGCUGAAGCUGCUUCCGCUAUAGCCAUCCUCAUAAUAAACAACCGUACAGAACUUUUCAAGAUGGUUUGUGAACAUAAUGAAACCGACCUAGAUAUAAAAAUACCUACAGUAAUGCUCCCACAAGAUGCUGGUAUGAACUUGAAAAAUCAAUUGGAAAAGAACUCCACAGUGUCUGUGCAGCUAUACUCUCCUCUGCGUCCACUGGUUGACAUUGCAGAAGUGUUUUUGUGGCUUAUGGCUGUUGGCACCAUCUUAUGUGCUUCUUAUUGGUCUGCAUGGAGUGCCAGAGAAGCAGCUAUUGAGCAGGACAAGCUAUUAAAGGAUGGUUCAGAUGAAGUUUUAAAUUUGGAAGAUGUUGGCUCUAGUGGUUCUGUAGACAUCAGUACAACAGCAGCAAUUCUCUUUGUUGUGAUUGCUUCCUGUUUCCUGGUUAUGCUUUACAAACUUAUGUCAACAUGGUUUAUUGAGGUUCUAGUGGUUCUAUUUUGCAUUGGUGGGGUAGAGGGCCUGCAAACCUGCUUGGUGGCUUUGUUUUCAUGUUUCAGAUGGUUUGAACAUGCUGGACAGUCGUUUGUUAAGGUUCCCAUCUUUGGAGCUAUCUCAUAUCUGACCCUGGCAAUUUCCCCCUUCUGCAUAGCAUUUGCUGUUGUUUGGGCUGUCAAACGCCAGCUCACCUUUGCUUGGAUUGGUCAAGAUAUCCUUGGUAUUGCACUAAUAAUCACAGUUCUUCAAAUUGUUCAUGUUCCGAAUCUCAAGGUUGGAACAGUCCUUCUUGGUUGUGCCUUUUUGUAUGACAUCUUUUGGGUAUUUGUUUCUAAAUGGUGGUUCCAUGAGAGUGUGAUGAUAGUGGUAGCUCGUGGUGAUAAGAGUGGUGAGGAUGGUAUUCCAAUGCUACUAAAAAUCCCACGGAUGUUUGAUCCUUGGGGUGGUUACAGCGUUAUUGGAUUUGGUGACAUUAUCUUACCAGGAUUGCUGGUAGCAUUUUCACUAAGGUAUGAUUGGUUGUCAAAGAAGAGUCUUCGAACAGGCUACUUCGUCUGGGCAAUGACUGCAUAUGGUUUAGGUCUCCUUAUCACAUAUGUGGCUUUGAACUUGAUGGAUGGACAUGGCCAACCGGCUUUGCUUUACAUUGUUCCAUUCACCCUUGGAACAUUUUUGACAUUGGGAAAGAAGAGAGGUGAUCUUCACAUACUGUGGACAAGAGGAGAACCAGAGAGACAUUGCCCACAUAUACAACUCCAACCUUCCCAAUAAAAGGAUCCAUCAACCCACACCUGUAUCAUUUUUAGCUAUUAGUAAAACUAUGAACUCAGGGAACACUUUCACCUUUGUAAGUUGUAGGGCACCAUGUAACAUUUUUAGUAUGACUAUCACAUCUUCAAAAGAUUAACCGAUAACAGAUUAACAUUUUAAAACUGUAAUUCCAUAUAGAUUUCACCA